UGUAAUCUGUGGUCUAUGAUUAUAGAGUUAGGUUAGGUUUUGGUUCUGUGCUCGUCAUUUUGCUAAAAGAGUUCAACGGAAUGGGUGGAAAAUAUUCAUAUGAAAACAUGAAUAUGGGGGAAUGUAGUGAUAUUAAUGAAGAGGCCUAUGAUGAUGUGAAGUUAGAGGAACAAUUUAUUGAUGAAGAAGGUGUUCAUAAAAGAGAAGAAUAUAUAACGAGAAUGGAAAAAAAUAACCCGAAUUCCUUAAUUAUAGAAGAGGAUAAAAAUCAGUUAUCCCCAAAGAAGCCCCAAAUAUUAGAUUCACUUGUAAAUAACUCUCCUAUGGCUCAUUUGGAUGAUGAUGUGAAGUUGAAACUAGGAAUGAUUGACAUAUUCGAUCAAUUUAUAGAUAAAGAAGGAGUUCAUGAAAGAGAAGAAUAUAUAAUCAAGAAUGAAAAAACUACCUUGAAUUGUGCAGUGCCAGAACCUAAUGCCAAUCAAUUACAAUCUGCCUCUCAUAACGAAGAAUUGCCUGAAGUAUUUGACUCAACAAUGAUUAAUUCAUCCACUGUAUUAGAUCCACUGUCAAAUAACUCUGUUCCAACUCGCUCGGAGCAGAAUGAAUGUCAUCACAGGCAAAUGGCGGAUUCUCCCGUUAGUGAAAAGAAUUGUAUUGAAAAACACAAAAAAGUUCCUAAAAAAUCGGUCGUUUCAAAUAAAGUGGAACUCAAGUGUGACUUAUGUGAGUAUGUUACAAAAAGAAAAGACUUCCUUGAAAAGCAUAAGGAUUCCGCCCAUUCCGAUAAGACAUACAAGUGUCAUCUAUGUGAGUAUGUUGCAAGUAGAAAAGUGUACCUAAAGUCGCAUAUCGACACCCUUCAUUUGAAUAUCAGGAAAUUCAAGUGCCAUUUAUGUGAAUACGCCUCUAAUUGUGUUAUAAACCUUCGAAAACACAUAAAUUCCAAUCAUUUGAAAAUUAAAGAAUACAAAUGUCACCUAUGCGAGUAUGAUACAAACGGAAAAUGGGCUCUUCGAAGGCAUGUGGAGUCUGUCCAUUUGAAUAUCAAGAAACACAAGUGUCAGUCAUGUGACUAUGCUGCAGCUGACUUUUGUACCCUUCAAAAACACAUGAGAUCUGUUCACUUGAAAAUCAGGAAUCACAAGUGUCACUUGUGCGAUUUUUCUGCGAGUGCUAAAGGGGGUCUUGAAACACAUAUAAAUUCUGUUCAUUUGAAUAUUAAAAAUCACGAAUGUGCCUUGUGUGAUUAUGUUACAUAUAGGAAAGAACACCUUGAGAAGCACAUCGAGUCUGUUCAUUUAAAUAUGAGGAAACACGAAUGUCACUUAUGUCAAUUUGUUUCGAGCGAAAAGCAUAAGCUCAACAUACACAUAAAAUCUGCUCAUUUCAAUGUUAAGAUUCACAAAUGCCACUUGUGCGCAUAUGCUACAAAUAUGAAGUCAACCCUCGAAUCACAUAUAAAAUCAGUUCAUUUAAAAAUUAAGGAACACAAAUGUGAACUAUGUGAGUAUGUUACAAGUUAUAAACACACUCUUCAGAAGCAUGUUUUAAAAAAACACAAUAUGUCACCUAAGUCAAUUUGCUGCGAGUUAUAAAUGUAGACUUGAUAUACACAUAAAAUGUGUCCAUUUUAAUUAUUUAAAUAUAUAUAUUUAUGUAUAUAGAUGAAUAGCUUUAUUUCAGAAAUUGUAAAUGUGUACAUAAAAGAAAGUGUCAAGCAACAAACAUUGAACACGAAUAAUCAGACAAGCCCCGAACGAGUUCCCUUACUUUUCUACCAAAAAUCUUUUAAUUAUUCAAUAUCUCCCACCGAGUGAAACCACAACAAAGAUCUUUCUAAAAAACAGAAACCACCUUCUUGAGAGCCCUAACAGAAAUGUGGCAUCCCAAAAACCUUCUUCAUAAUCCUCUAUGAAGUAUCGGAUAUUACAUCUGUUAACUUUCAAAUGGGGGCGCUUAUAUGCAAAUUUUGGGAGAAACAGAAAAUUCCAAUUAAUACCACAUUUUGAACUGGUUGUAGAUACUAGUUGGCCGUUUAAGUAAAUUUAGUACAGUGUUAUUUAUUUUUUAUUGUUUCAAUUCUUUACUGUAUCAGAAAAUUUCUUUUGUCUUAUCUUAAUCUAAGAAGGUAAUGAUUGUUUACCUUGUUGUUUUUAUAUUUUAUUCUGUUGAAACUUAACACUCACACAUUGUUUGUUGUUGAUGUUUAUGCUUGACCUGUCCUAUACAUAAUUGUAUAUAUGUAUGUCUGAAUCUACUAAUAAAGGUUUCAAACGAAA